GGAAUGGGGCGGUGGCACCGAGAGGGAAGGCGGCUGCUGGGCACGGAGCCGGAGGCCAUUGAGGGCGAAUAAUUCCCAGCCCGGCUUCCCGGGAGACGGGCGGCGGGGCGGGCACCUGGCUGGGUGGGGAGAGGGGCGGUACGCACCACGGGGGAAGCCAAUGAGAAAAUCAGGGCCAGCCCGAGGGGGCGGUGCUGUCGGUCACAUGCGCACCUGGGGCGGGUGGUGGCGGCGGCGCGGGCACCGCGAGCCUGCGGAAGGGAGAGGGGCCGGCCUGGGGCGGGGUUAGGCAGGUGAGUGACAGGCUCCAGGGGGCCGGCCCCUGCCUGGUGCUCUGAGCGAGCCGGGAGUAGCUGCGGCGGUGCCCGCCCCCUCUCUCCGCCCCUCCAGCGGAGCUGGUCUCCGGCCGGGCACCGUCGCGGGCCCCCCUGGCCCGGCCACCUGGGACCGUGCUGGGGAGUCUGCCACCUCCCUCUCUCCCCUGGCCCGCAAAGUUUUGGCGGAGCCAGCGCCGGGGCUGAGCGCGCCCCCGGGGGGAGAUCGGGGAGCGCCCGAUGCCGGGCGGCCGGAGCCGUUGACCCGGGACGCCGCCGUCCGUGGAGCAGCCGACCACCCCGCCGCCUCCGGUGCAUGGGGACUGACUGAGGAGCCAGCAUGGGCAACUGCGUGGGGAGACAGGGCCGGGAGAGGCCGGCAGCCCCGGGACACCCCCGCAAGCGAGCAGGACGCAAUGAGCCCCUGAAGAAAGAGCGGCUCAAGUGGAAGAGCGACUACCCCAUGACUGACGGGCAGCUGCGGAGCAAACGGGAUGAGUUCUGGGACACAGCGCCUGCCUUCGAGGGCCGCAAGGAGAUCUGGGAUGCCCUCAAGGCUGCUGCCUAUGCUGCUGAAGCCAACGACCACGAGCUGGCCCAGGCCAUCCUGGAUGGAGCCAGCAUCACCCUGCCUCAUGGCACCCUCUGUGAAUGCUACGAUGAGCUGGGCAAUCGCUACCAGCUGCCCAUCUACUGCCUGUCACCGCCGGUGAACCUGCUGCUGGAGCACACGGAGGAGGAGAGCCUGGAGCCCCCCGAGCCUCCACCCAGCGUGCGCCGUGAGUUCCCGCUGAAGGUGCGCCUGUCCACGGGCAAGGACGUAAGGCUCAGCGCCAGCCUGCCUGACACGGUGGGGCAGCUCAAGAGGCAGCUGCACGCCCAGGAGGGCAUCGAGCCAUCAUGGCAGAGAUGGUUCUUCUCCGGGAAGCUGCUCACAGACCGCACACGGCUCCAGGAGACCAAGAUCCAGAAAGAUUUUGUCAUCCAGGUCAUCAUCAACCAGCCCCCGCCACCCCAGGACUGAUGGGCCCACGGACCCCUGGGAAGAGGCCCCGCCUGGAACACUAGGCCCCCACCCUGCUGCUGCCUUCCAGUGCUGUCAUUUUCUUCAGGGGCCCUCCCCUCGGUGUGGCUGGUGGGUGAGCCAUGAAGGGACCCUGCCUUUCAGGGCACUGUGCGCCACCAGUUCCCGGUACCCAGGGAGCAGGCAGCCACACACGGGCCAUGCAACCUUGUCAGAGAAAAGGCGAACGGGGCCCUCACCCUGCCUCUCUCCCGCAGCAGGUUCGAGCCACGAGGGCCAGCCAGGAGGCCCCUGGAGCCCAGAUCUGUCAUCUGGUGCUGCCAGCUGUGCUCACUCCGGUUUUCUGCUCAGGGUCUGAAGCAGCUGCUGUCUCCCUCCUCUGCCCCCAUCCCCUGGCUCUCCCCUGGGCACAGUGCCACUCCCUUGGAAGGGAGGGAACCACCCGUGAGCCCCAGGGCUCGGGAAGCCUGAGGCGGGCCUCUGCCUCUCCCUGCCCCCAGCACAAUUGGCAGAGAUGAGGCGGGUGGUGGACGGCUGGGCUGUCGUAGCAGGGUCUGCACAGGGCCAUGUCCUGGCUGUAACCCAGGCAGUGGGAGGUCUGCAGCCUGGUCAUGGCCCCCACAGCAGGUCCCUGUGGACAGACAUAUCUGCAUAUUUAUCAAUAAAGCCUUUUUGCUCCUUCUCA